GGGAUAGUAUAAGAGUCUCAGCGCAGGUGAGCCGCUGCGCAGUUGCCUCUGGAAGACGCGGAGGUUACGACGGGUGACCCGAGAGAUUCGCACAAUGUCGUCCAGCCAUCCAGCUGUGGGGAUCGACCUGGGGACCACGUACUCCUGCGUAGCGGUCUUCCAGCACGGGAAGGUGGAGAUCAUCGCCAAUGACCAGGGGAACCGCACCACCCCCAGCUAUGUCGCCUUCACGGACACCGAGCGGCUGAUCGGAGACGCUGCGAAGAACCAGGUGGCGAUGAACCCGUCCAACACCAUCUUUGACGCAAAGCGGCUGAUCGGCCGACGGUUCGAUGAUGCGACCGUGCAAAGCGACAUGAAGCACUGGCCCUUCACAGUCAUCAAUGAGGGGGGCAAGCCGAAAGUGCAGGUGGAGUACAAGGCGGAGAUGAAGACCUUCUCCCCAGAAGAGAUCUCAUCCAUGGUGCUGACAAAGAUGAAGGAGAUUGCUGAGGCAUACCUGGGCAAGAAGGUGCCCAGCGCUGUCAUCACCGUCCCUGCUUACUUCAAUGACUCACAGCGGCAGGCCACCAAGGAUGCGGGCACCAUUGCUGGCAUCAAUGUGCUGCGCAUUAUCAACGAGCCAACGGCGGCGGCCAUCGCCUACGGACUGGACAAGAAGGGCAGUGGCGAGCAAAACGUCCUCAUCUUCGACCUGGGAGGUGGCACCUUCGACGUGUCUGUGCUGACCAUCGAUGAUGGCAUCUUCGAGGUGAAGUCCACUGCCGGCGACACCCACCUGGGCGGAGAGGACUUCGACAACCGCAUGGUCAGCCACUUUGUGGAGGAGUUCAAGCGUAAGCACAAGAAGGACAUCAGCAGCAACAAACGGGCAGUUCGGAGGCUGAGGACGGCAUGCGAGCGGGCCAAGCGCACCUUGUCCUCCAGCACCCAGGCCAGCAUCGAGAUUGACUCGCUGUUUGAAGGCAUCGACUACUACACCUCAAUCACCCGUGCCCGCUUCGAGGAGCUGAAUGCCGACCUAUUCCGCGGCACUCUGGAGCCGGUGGAGAAGUCCCUGCGGGAUGCCAAGUUGGAUAAGUCGCAGAUCCGGGAGAUCGUGCUGGUUGGUGGCUCCACCCGUAUCCCCAAGAUCCAGAAGAUGCUGCAAGACUUCUUCAGUGGCAAGGAGCUCAACAAGAGCAUCAACCCAGACGAGGCGGUGGCAUACGGAGCUGCGGUGCAGGCAGCCAUCCUGACUGGGGACAAGUCGGAGAACGUACAGGACCUGCUGCUGCUGGAUGUUACCCCGCUCUCCCUGGGCAUCGAGACGGCCGGAGGGGUCAUGACUGCGCUUAUCAAGAGGAACACCACCAUCCCCACCAAGCAGACUCAGACCUUCACCACCUACUCUGACAAUCAGUCCAGUGUGCUGGUGCAAGUGUACGAAGGUGAGAGGUCCAUGACCAAGGACAACAACCUGCUGGGCAAGUUCGACCUGACCUCCAUCCCUCCUGCACCCAGAGGAGUGCCCCAAAUUGAGGUGAUCUUCGAUAUAGAUGCCAAUGGAAUACUCAAUGUGACCGCAGUGGAUAAGAGCACCGGCAAAGAAAACAAAAUCACGAUCACCAAUGACAAAGGUCGGCUGAGUAAAGAAGACAUUGAUCGAAUGGUGAAUGAUGCUGAAAAGUACAAGACAGAGGAUGAGAACAACCGAGAGCGGGUAGGAGCCAAGAAUGGUCUAGAGUCUUACACCUACCAUAUGAAGCAGACGGUGGAAGAUGAGAAGCUGAAAGGGAAGUUGAGUGACGAAGAUAAGGGGAAGAUACUGGCCAAGUGCAAAGAGGUCAUUGAUUGGCUGGACAGGAACCAGAUGGCUGAGAAAGAAGAGUUUGAGCACAAGCAGAAAGAUCUGGAGAAGGUGUGCAGCCCAAUCAUUACCAAGCUCCACCAGGGCGGAGGGCCCAGCGCAGGGUCUGCUGGGGGAGAUAAAGGGGGACCUACCAUCGAAGAAGUAGACUAGAUUUCCUAGUGGUAGAAAUACUGCUCCCUGUAAUACUAUGGCAAUGGUUAAAAGGCAAUAGUAUAGAAUGCUAAUUCAUGUAUACGUAUACAUUUUGCAGCAUAUUAAUGUUACCUUUAACCCCUACAGGCUUCCAGUCCCCAAAAUAUCCCUCUUAGCAGUUUAAAAGUUGAACUAAGAGCAUUUCUGUUUUGUUGCUGGAUCGGUGUUGGUAGCCAAGUUACUCUGCGGCUUUAAUGCUUCGCCUUAGGUGAGGGAGGUUUAUGGUUGAAUUGAUUUAAUUGAAGGUUUAUACAAAGAGUUUUGUCAUGUGUUCAAAGUUUACCCGCUAAUCCUUUCAUAAAGUGCGCAACAAAACACUACUGUGUCGGUAAGACUCAUAGUCCGCCAUAAUACUGUGAUGGUGACGUGUUCAGUAUAGUCAUUGUUAGAAAAACUGCGCCUGUUAUCCAAUACAUGUUGUCUGUCUUCUCCCGUACUCUGGGCAUAAUGUAUGGUGGGCAGAUUACAUGUAGCGUACGCGAAUCAGAAACUGCAGUGUAUGGAAUUGUGGCUCUUCAUUGGCCCUCCUGCUCACACCCACCUACACAGGUUGUCGCCUCGGUCUGUGAGACAUAAACCUGAGCUGGUGGGGGAAGGUCGGAUUGGCUCCAGAUAGUAAUGUGGCUUUAUUCAAAUAUCCUUUUGUAUUUUGGAAUAAAUAGCGCAGCAUAGGUCCUGACCUAGUAUGUUAUAGAUGGGAGGGUUAGAGCAUGUUCAUAAUAGCAAUAAUUUAGCAGCACAGAAUACUAAGAUGUUGGUAUAUUUUAAGAAAUUAUUGACUUGCCAUUAUCAGGGACUGGAAUGAGAGCCAGUCUGGUUCCAGAAUGUAGAAUGUGUAACUCUGAAAACAAGUUAUGAGCGCGCGUACUAGGAAUAUGUGUGUUUUCCCGCACGGAUCCUACACAACUGUAAACUGAGAUUAGUCAUUUGCAGGUGCAUAAAGUAUAGUGUGCCGGUUGACCAUCUUGGGCGUUGAACCAGCGGACUUUGUAUAUUGGUUCCCUAAAACGUCACAUUGUGCGUUAUGCCUCAGUGAUGUCACGGUGUCUUAUUGAGUUGAUUGGUUUAAUUAUCCUGAAUGUUGCUUCAACUGACAAAAUGAUGGCUUUCCAAUCUCGGGAUCCCAAUAAGCAAACACAUAGGGGGUCAUUCCGAGGUGAUCGCAGCCAGCAACAUUUUGCUGCUGCUGCGAUCAACUAGUCCACGCCUAUGGGGGAGUGUAUUUUAGCUUAGCAGGGCUGCGAUCGCUUGUGCAGCCCUGCUAAGCUAAAACAAUUUCAAGCAGAUCAAGACCAGCCCUGAACAUACUUACCCUGUGCGCCCUCCGUUCUCAUGGACAUACCUGCGUUUUCUUCUCCACUCCCCGAAAACGUCAGGCAACGGUCCGGAGACGCCCAAGAACGCCUUCUUUCUGUCAAUCUUCUUGCGGCCGUCUGUGCGACCGCUUUCUUCGUUGUCUGCGCAUGCGCAUUCCGGACCCAUUCGCACCGCAGCUACAAACCGCUGCGUGCGAACUGGUCGGAAUGACCCCCAUAGUGCGUGCAUCAGUUUGGUAGGAUCUUUGGUGCAUCCAUACUACUACAAACUUAAAGCAAGUCCAGGAACAGAAAUUCUGAAAACAUGGCUUGUUAGGAAUACAUACGGAGAAGACCGAAUCUCCUAAUGUUACAAGUUACCUGGUGUUUGCUGUAUUCUGUCAUGUUGUUGUAUACCAGGAAUGUGAUAUAGAAGUAACACAGGAAUGCCACAUAAAACCUCAUUUCCUUUUCGGUAACAUCAGUCCUAGCACACUAGAGCAGAACUGGUGUUUCCAGCCUUUGGUAGAUGUCGGGUCAGAGGAACCCUGCACUCAUCAGGUUAUCCCAUGUUGACUUGGGUCAGCGACCAGAAAACACUUUGUUAGGAUAAAGCCUCCUUGUACAGUAAAGAACUCUCCCAUUACUGCACUGUCGUUGGGAGCUAUAAAUACUGUACCGUUACUUCUGUUUUAUUCCUCUUCCAGAGAAAUUGUACAAUAAAAAUAAGCACUGAUCCCUGAUAAUGCUGUACAACGGUCACCAGUUUCUGCUAUUAGCCCAUAGGGCGUUCCCCAACCAUACCCUGAUGUAUAGGAAUCCCACUUUAGCAAUCCCGUUGUUCAGUUUGGAACGGUUUACAAAUUCCUUCUUUUUUUUUUUUUUAAGCCUUAAACUUGUAAAUGUCCUAUGACCCUCUCCUAACAGGGAUUACUGCUUCUGCUGUUCCGGUGAGGGUAUGCUGCGUAUCAAGGAUUCUGCUAGCUUCUUGCUAAAUUGGUCUGUCAAUGGUUUUUUUAUACAUUAUUUCCAUGUUCAACUUUCAGACUUUCAUUCAAUAAAGUAUUUUCUUCAACAA